ACCCACAAUUUUCUCCUCCGGUAAAGAACCAUUGGAAGAAACUCCAGAAGAAGCUUAAAGAGAAAAAUUUCCCCAACACCCUCACUUGUUUCCUGAUGCAGAGAGCAGCAUCGAGUCAAAAGGAAGCAGAGAACUAAAGACAUAAAAGCGCAUAAAGUGAAGUGAAAGGUUAGUACUUGGCUAGCUUGGCGCCUUGAGGGGUGUGAAAGCUGUUGAUAAGAUGAGCUGUUGCAGUACCACUUGGAGAGAAAGCAGGAAACAAAAACUGCGACCAACCUUUCGCAGGGGGACAACUGAGAAGAGGCCAAGAAAGCUGACGACAAAGAGGAAACCGAUAAUCCAACCCAAAGAAGGGUCCUUGACGCCACGGGAUACAUCUCCUGAUUGGGUCGCAAUUCGUUCACUCAUGCCAAAGAGUUUCUUUACCGCUGAAGGCAAUGCCAGAAGAGGCAACAACACAGGUCUGAAUAACAGUAUUCUCCUGGCGAGUAAAUGGCUGUUUCAAGAGACCAGACCUAUGGAGCAUCUUAGUCCAUGUCUUGACAAAGAAGAAACCCAAAAGACCAGCAGAGACAUUGAGCGAAGGGAUGAUUCCCGUUGUGAGAUGCUUAGCAUAAAGCUCACCACAAAAGCCCUCACCGUCAACUGCUUCUUCCAAGAAGAUCUAACGAGAGGAGGAGAGAUGGUGGAGGAAGUAUUAUUGGAACGAGAAUCAAAGCUCGAAGGAGUCAACUUGGACUCGUUUUUACAUUCUGACAAAUCAGAUAGCUUUAUGCUAACUUUAUUACUUAAAAUUCUUUGUCGGUAUGUCUGUUAA